AGCUUCACCUUCUUACCUUUGUGAAUUUUGCGCUGUCAUUUGCGACUUUUAGAAAGUUUACUCUUUUAUAUUUAUUAUCUACUCUUUAUACAUGUCGAGUUCUUCGAGAACCGAAAGCAAUCAUCCCAGUCAUUGCUCCACAUUGGCUUCAUCUCGCACGAACACAGUCAGUACUUUUACAAGCCGAUAUUCGUGCGAUUGCGAUGAAGAAGCAAGGCAAAAACUGCGCGCAGUUAUUUGCAUAAAAUCAUCCCUGGCAAUUUUCACUUUGCUUGGCGGCGCGUUUUUGGCCCUCACCAUUAACGUUUGGAGUCGCUCACAUGCAAACGAUGAUGAUUUACCAAACACGUUGUAUCAAAUUACAGCGAAUCUGGGAACAGGACUGUGCCUAAACAGUAACGAGUACAACGGGCUGAUACUGGUAAACUGUACUGGUCUGCAGAACCAGGAACAGAAGCCUUUUAUCUACGACGCCAAGGCAGGAAAAGUUAAAACGGAAAAGGGUUGCGUAGAACCGUUGGGCGAUAAAAUAGAUCAUAUAGGUGACGAACAAAGUGUGUACCCAAUUAAUGUGAAUCCAUGUGUUUCUGAUCGCAGAAAAGGCAGGCAUUAUUCUUAUAGGGGGCAAUCAUGGAAAGCAUGGAAACCAAGCAGCGGUAGCUUCAAUUUGUAUAACAACAAUCAACGCAAUUGCCUCACUGGACUUGGCGAAAACCAAAUGGUAAUAUUAACUGAAUGCUCAGAGGCUGAUCUUAAGCAGCGUUGGGGCUUCACAACUCCUGAAAAUAUGCGAGAACUUCUUUACGGUGAAUCGCGUGUGAAGGAGUACGUUUGGGUGGAUGGUGCUGAAAAAGUUUGAAGUUUGUUCUCAAACUGUUCCUUUGCUUAUUUGUAUAUUUUUUAAAAUAUACUUGAUAUUCUUUAGAA